CUACAAACUAUGCGCACGCGCACAGCGGCAGCCAUCUUGGAAAUAUGUUCCAUUUUCGGGUUGCCUUCAAGAAUGCACAAUGGACGCGAUGGAUAAUUGUUAAAAAAAAAAUACUUAAUGUAAAGGACACAUAUUAAGCGACAGCGAGUUUUCAUCAUGCCAGGAUAAAGUUUGAUAAAGUACGAGGAGGAGGAGAAGAGGAGAACGAGCGACAACGUCAACUACGGGACGUUGUUUUCAAGAAACCUCAAGUUGUGUUACACGGAGCAGACGUCAGUGAAGACUAUCUUCCCCCUGAGCAGCAAGAGUGGAACUCCAGGAUGGAGCAGGAGGAGCCACAGCCCCCCCACAUUAAAGAAGAAGAAGAGGAGCCACAGCACCCCCACAUUAAAGAGGAAGAGGAGGAGGGAGAGCAUCGUGAAGGACUGGAGGAGUUCCCAGUGAUUGUUGUCACUGUGAAGAGUGAAGAUGACGAAGGUGAAAGUGAGGAGGAGAGAGAGGUGGAGCCUCCAAGCAGCAGCUCAACUCAACACAUGACAACAGAAGCUGAUGGAGACCACUGUGGAGGAUCACAAGCACACAACCUCUUAGCUCCACUAUCAGAUAGUGACGACACAUUGUCACACUCUCCUGACACUGAUGAUGAAGACUCUGAAGCUGAUAUGACAUGUCACACUGACAACACACGCUGGAAAUGCUCUCAAUGUGACAAAACUUUUGUUCACAAGAGAAAUCUGAUAAGACACAUGAGACACAACGGAGAGAAACCGUUUGCCUGCUCAGUUUGUGGCGAAAGAUUCUCUCAGCGGUUACAUUUGAAAGAACACAGAGGAAUACACACUGGAGAGAAACCAUUUCCAUGCUUGACGCUGGUGAAGACCAUCCUCCCCCUGAGCAGGCGGAGUGGAACUCAGAGAUGGAGCAGGAGGAGCCACAGCCCUUCCACAUUACGGCGUUGGUGGAGGAGCCAGAGCCCCCCCACAUUAAAGAGGAAGAGGAGGAUCACAGCAUCAGUCAGGAAGGAGAGCAUCUUGAAGUACUGGAGGAGUUCCCAGUGAUUGGUGUCACUGUGAAGAGUGAAGAUGAUGAAGGUGAAAGUGAGGAGGAGAGAGAGGUGGAGCCUCCAAGCAGCAGCUCAACUCAACACAUGACAACAGAAGCUGAUGGAGACCACUGUGGAGGAUCACAAGCACACAACCUCUUAGCUCCACUAUCAGAUAGUGACGACACAACGUCACACUCUCCUGACACUGAUGAUGAAGACUCUGAAGCUGAUAUGACAUGUCACACUGACAACACACGCUGGAAAUGUGACAACAUUUUUGAUAACCAGGGAAAUCUGAAAAAACACAUGCAAAAUCACGCAGGAGAGAAACCUUUUGCCUGCUCAGUUUGUAGUAAAAGAUUCUCUCAAAUAGAGAAUUUAAAUAGACACACGACAAUACAUACUAUACACACUGGAGUGAAACCUUUUGCCUGCUCAAUUUGUGGUAAAGGAUUCUCUCAGCAGUCAAAUUUGAAAGAACAUGCAAGAAAACACACUGGAAAAAAACAUUUUCCUUGCUUGGUGUGUGGUAAAAAAUUCAUUUAUAAAAGUAAGUUAAAAACACACACAAGAAUACACACUGGAGAGAAACCUUUUUCUUGCACAGUGUGUGGAAAAUGUUUCUCCCAAAAAGCUAAUUUACAUACACACACAAGAGUACACACUGGAGAGAAACCUUUUCCUUGCACAAUGUGCGGUAAAAGAUUCUCUCAAAAAGAUGUUUUAAUUAGACACACAAGAAUACACACUGGAGAGAAGCCUUUUUGCUGUACAGUUUGUGGUAAAAGUUUCUCUCGGAAGAUAACUUUGAUGGUACACAAGAGAACACACGCUAGAGAAAGAAAUGUUGAGUGUGUGAGCAGUGUUUCACAAAUAAAACAAACUUGAUUGAACACAUAAGAAUCCACACUUGGGAGAAACUUGAAAGCUUGAUUUAAAGGACGCACCCAGCUGGAUUUCAAACGACACGAUAAUGCCUUAAUAGUCACACUAGACACAGAAUGAGCCAGAAUGCCGUCGGAAUGAAAAUUCGUGGUUUAUUUGAAGUGCAUUCCACAAAUUCCCUUUCUUUUUGCCGGCCCGAAUCUUUUUAGCAUGGUAAAAACUUUAGCGUUGGAUUCGAAGUGGAAAAAUAUCGAACGGCAUUCUCAAGCUAUUCUAACUGCACUCUUGACUGCAUUCAAAAUAAUCCCAUCCAAAUGUAGACAAUCUCAUUGCAUUUGGGAAAAAAAACGCAGCCAGCUGUUGCUGAAACGUCACUAUUUCAAGUCGCCUUACUCACAUCACUUCUCGCCAAGGGAAACAAAGCAAAAUAACUCCACCAGCAGCCGCCACCGUGGACAGCGCAGAGGUGCUGAAAUACGGUGUUGAAACACGCUGCUGAAUAGACGUGCUAUUAAAUGUUUUGUGUCCAUUAUUCCAUUUGAUUAUAUGCCCAAGGCUUAGAGACCUCCUGUUUUCAGAACAAGUCCUUCAGAUGCUCAAAAGGACGUCUGGGCAUUUUAGGAUAGCUUUAGCCUCUCAUUUGAGGCUACCGCUCGCCUGGCAUAUGCACAUUGUGUAUAGCAACAGCUUUUCCUGUCGAAAUUAAACAUUUUCUCUCAAAGGCGUCCAUUCAAGUUGUAUUGACUUGUCUCCUUGCAUGCAACGUUUUA